UCGGACGCUUAACCGACUGAGCCACCCAGGCGCCCCAAAGUCUGCUAUUUUUGAUGACCCCAAGAUUCCGUCAGGAGUUAGUUGGCCUGAAAGAAGAAAGUCAUGGAGUCCCUUGAAGAAAUAUCAGAGGAAGAGGCUCCCAAAGGACCCAGAACUUCCUCCUUCCUGUCCGGGAAGCUCACAGCCAAGGAGAUUCUGGCCACCAAGACCCAAAACUACUUUGCUGAGACUAAAAGAACCGAGCAUAUCUUAAUGCAGGUUGCUUUCUCCAUUGGGCUGGGUAGCAUAUGGCGUUUCCCUUACCUGUGUCAGCGGAACGGAGGAGGUAAGGCCAAGGCCCUGGGUCUUGAGUUUGGGGAAGGAGUUUUAAGGCUUGAAGCCCAGACUCCCGGGUCCUGGGGGAGGAGACACCUGGAGGUUCACCCAGACUUCUAGGGGAUAAAGAGGAGGGGGGCCGGGACUCCUGGCUGCCUGAGCACAGCGCCUGGCUCCCUUCUCCAGGCAGCUUUAUCCUGAUGUACUUCUUCAUGCUCCUCUCGUUUGGGAUUCCCCUCCUGUACAUGGAGAUGAUCAUGGGGCAUUGGCUGCGUGUGGACAACAUCCGGGUCUGGAAGCAGCUCGUCCCCUGGCUGGGCGGCAUAGGAUACGCUAGCAUAUUGGUGUGCAUCUUGAUGAGCUUGUGUAAUAGCGUCAUCAUCACCUGGAGCCUCUCCUACCUGGCCAACUCCUUUGAUAACUCCCUGCCCUGGAACCAGUGCCCACUGGUGAAGACCACCAAUGUCACUGACCUCUCUUGCCUUCGGACUGUGUCCCACCAGUACUUCUGGUACCACACCACCCUGAGCGCCUCAGGCCACAUUGAGGAAGGGGUCGACACCCUCGUCCUGCACCUCACACUGGGCAUCUUCGCAGCCUGGUUCCUCCUCUUCUUAACCAUGAUCACAGCGCUGAAGAUUUCAAUGCAGCUCUCAUCCUGGGCCUCGCUGGACCUCUGGCGUCAGGCAGGAGGCCAUGUGGUUUAUUCCUUAGGCCUGGGCCUGGGCAUCACCAUCAACUUCUCCUCCAAGGCGGGAGGCAACAGCUACAUCCAGGUGGCCUCCUUGGUGGCCCUGGUCAACCUGGUGACCUCAUUGCUGCUCACAUCCAUCAUCUUUAUAGUGCUGGAGUUCUGGGCCACCACCAGCGGCCACACCUGUGUUGAGAAGAGUGUCUCAAAAUUGAUAAGCCUGAUAAAAAAGGGGGUGCUGCCUCAGGAUGCCAAGCCCCCGGAAGACAUCCUCCUCCUGCCCGCCCUGGACUACCUAGACUGGGUCAGCAAUCUCCCUCAGCACCUCCAGUACCCGGUCAUCCGCUUCUCCCCAUCCUGCAGCAUCAUGACCCAGAAGGAUAAGGUUCAGGGAAGAAAUGUUCAGUAAGCUGGGCCGCCUGCUGUGGUCCUUCUUCACUUUCCUGUGGCGCUACGUGACCCUGCCUGGGCUGCUGGCCCUCUUCACCAUCUGCCUCACGCAGCUCCACCGGAGGGUACCGUCCUACUACAUCGCCUGGAACAGCAGUAUGGUGAGGUCCCCCUACCCUGGCCUCUCACCACCACUCCGGGCCCCGUUCAUCCCAUCUCCCACUCCACGGAGACCCGAGGUCUGGGCUCCUUCCAUCCCCAGGGAACCUUUAGCCAGCUUCCCAGUCCCUGGGGAGUGGAAUCCCCAGCAUCGCAGGGAUUGAACCCCCCCCCCCCACUUCCUCCCACCCUGCUCCCUUCCUUCGGCCUCCAGAGCCAGGAAGUGAAACAGCCCUACCUGCAGAGCACCCUGAGCUGGGUCACCUUCCUCAGCAUCCUCACCUUUCUGCCAAUCCCAGUGCAGCCACUCCACCACUGGUGGCACCUCGAGGACCACAUUGCUUCUGAUCCCUUUGAAAAGCUACAGUCCAAAAAGAUGCCCCUGGUGCCCCCCAAGUCGUUGCAGUACCCCAAACACCAAUUGGUGACGUCCCAGAAGACAGACACUGAAUGCUCAUCUAGAAAAGUCAACCCACCCUUGAUUAGGAGGCUGAACCUGAGCUCCUUAUGGAGGUUCAGCCUGCCCUUGAGUGAGUACAACCAGAGCUCUUCCUGGUUCAGCCUGCCUGCCAUUGCAUCCCUGACAUCUGCGCUGUCCAUGAGGAAUGCCAGCACUCCCGUUUCAAGGCAGGUGAGCCCGGCCUCAGUAACCAUAGACAACAGUGACAAGAGCAGGGAGACCCAGGAAGAAAAUUAGGACUCUGUUCAAUAACUGGUGACACCACCCAUUUUUCCAAAUCUGGCAUUAGCGUCCAUCUUGCUACAGAAAUAAUCGGUCCUGUCGGGAAGUAGGGAGAGGGACACAUGGAAAUUUUGCCUAGCAACCACUGACAUCACUCAGUUGGCCUUGGGAGGAAACGGACAACUCAGGAGCGCCUUCCUCUCCUGGAAUAAUACCGAUCCUGCUAAGUGGAACACUCUGGGGUUGGAGAAUUCAGAAGAAAUCAACUCAGCCAUUCACAGGGCUGCACCUAGGGCCUCCUUUCUCCCUGUGAGGAGGGAGCAUCAUGUUGGCAUGAUGGAGAUGGGCCUCAAGGCACUUUCCGGGAUCCAGCCUUCCCAGUUAUCAUGGAGACAGACAGUGUUCUCUCCAAACCCCAAACUCCACCACCAGCCUGGAACACUGGGGUAGCUAAUGCCUCCAGGGCUGCUCUCUCAGAACGGGGCUGGGAUAACAAAGCUGAGUCAAUAAAUUGAUCCACUGAGACCCCG